GCCAAGGCCCAAGGCAUAUGACGCGAAAACGGUCGUUGCCUCCGGCGCUAGUGCAACGAUGUCAGCGAUUGUGGGGCUUUAGUUCUCUUCCUUCAUCACAAAUAUCGAAGAAAAGCGAGUGCGUGAUGUCGAAGCGCGUUAAAAACGCCAUGCCGACAUCGACAGCCGACACUCACGAACGACUUAGCGCCCAGAGACCGCCCGACCACCGCACGUUCAUCGGCUGUCAAAUGCUGCUGCUACAUUCACUGAGGAAGCGUCGGAGACGUCUUCUCGAACGUCGAGCAUCGAGGUCUUUGCAACUGACGCAGAACACAAUGUACAUGCGACGGGUACAACGUCGGCAGUCUAGAAUACAGUUUUUGCUGUCCCUACUCAAAACUGGCUGUGCAGCCUACGGUCUCCGUGAAGCAGCUCAGCUUUCCGCUCAGGACUCUGACGCAUCGUCUUCACGCAACGUUGGUAUGGAGGAUUUGUUUAGUCGAGAGAGGCUGCACGUCAUUCCAGACCUAAGCGACGAAGACUGGUUCAGUGCAUUUCGCAUCAGCAGAGAACUGUACGAGUACCUUCUUGCUGAGCUCAAGCCAUUUAUGUGUGUUGAUGAUGAAGACGACGACGACGAACUUCCAGCGUUUGAACAGCAAGUAGCGAUUGCACUGUGGAGGCUAGGAAGAGCUACGGAUGACACAACACUGAAUCGUGCCCUCGGUGUGUCGGCAGAUAUGACAGCAUCUAUUGUACGAGAUUUUUGUGGAGCCGUCGUUAAAGUUUUAAUGCCACGCUUGGUGCAAGUGCCUUUUGACGAAGACCUCGAAGACAUAAUGGAUCAGUUCAAAGAAGAAACCGGGCUGCCACAGUGUGCCGGUGCGCUCUGCAUUUCUCACGUGCCCAUUCAACCGCCUUCCGAAUACGAGAUCGGAGGGGACUACACAAAUUCCGAAGGCUGGAGCUCAAUCGUCGUACAGGCCGUGGUCGGAGCAGACCGGAGGUUCUGGGACCUUAAUAUCGGCUGGCCCGGCAGCACGCCCCAGGCGCAGGUUCUGCGGAAUUCGAGCUUGUGGAGGAAGGGUGAAGAGGGCUCGCUCUUCGCAUCCAGCAAGCUGCUCAACGUCAGCAGCAACAGGGUUCCACCCUACAUCAUUGCCAGGAACGGGUACCCCUUGCGCGACUGGAUCAUAACCCCGGUCGAAGUGACCGACGAACGACGAGAGAAAUUCAACAAGAUACUCAACGAAGUCCUCGCCGUCGGAGAGACGGCGUUCCGGAGGCUCGAGUCUCGAUUUCCGUACAUACUUAGGCACAACGGGUGCGGGAUAGAUCUGAUGCCGACCGUUGUGGCGGCGUGCAGCACUCUGCACAACCUCUGCGAGGACAGGGCGGAAGAUGUGGUGGAAAGUUGGCUCGACGACGCAGCUCGACACUCUCUUCCGCAACCGCGGCUGGGGAGGGACCCGUUGCGCGAAGAGCCCACGGCGGGAGGGGAGGCCCUGCGUGCGGCAAUACUGGCCACCCUGUGCUGAAUGCUGUGCGCUGCUCAUAUUUUUGUGAUGAAACUUCCCACAAGUUUGGUACCGCUCAUGGGGCGUUCUGACGAGCAGCUAACUAAAAGGGAGAACCAACCGUUUGCUCAACCCUUGUUGAGCAAAUAAGAAAGUAUUUUUGAAGAUCUUUCCUCAAAGAAUGUAUUUUCUACCGUCUCUGUAUGGUCGGUCUUUGCAGUGUACAUUCCAUUUCGCAUUACCGUACAACGUGGCUUGCGGUAAAAAGCCAGUUGCUUCCACGGGCGAUAGUUAAAAAAAUUACGAGCAAGGACACCCUCAAAUGUACCACAGUGUGCCAACCUUAUUUAGCUCCUAUUCGGUAAAAAUGGUGGCACUUUUAAUAAGCCAGUAAGGAAAAGCAAAAGGUUUUGUGCAUUGUUUGGUAGGCUCCGGGCUCUUAGAAAAAAAAGAACCUUCUACCUCUGUAAUUUUCACGUAUAUUUCUAUACAUCUUUUACAAGGAUGCAGCUGUGGGCCAAGCUGUGGCACAGCAAUGUCAUGUGACUCAUUAUGUGGUUCCACUGCACCAGUAGCUUUUGCUGUGUACAUUUUAUUGUGCCUUUCAUAAUCACAUUUGUCUUCCAUGUGGCAGCUUUCAUUGUCGUACCUCUAUGCUGUAUUUAAUGCCAGUUCUUUAGCAAUAUAAUCUGUCUGUGUACAGAAAACCCUUUUUACAAUUACUUGUGGCACAAAAACUUUACAAACUUAAAAACGAUUUACUGACAUUUUACAAACUGCUCAUUGACUUUGUGAGAUCAAUAAACCCUACAGUAUUUUUA